AUAUGACCUCCACUUCAUGUAUGCUUGGCGGUGGAAAAUUUGUAGAAAUGUAAUAAGAAUGCAAGCUGUAUAUUCCUUGUUUGGCACCAAAAUUCAACUUUCAGAGAAAUUGAAAAUGUGGCAAAACAAUAAUGAAGGAGACUUACUAAAACCAUGUGAGGUGACAAGGUGAUGUACGUCAGCUAGGUGAAUUUGUGUGUGUGUGUGUGUGUGAGAGAGAGAUGUUGUGUAUGGAUCUGGUACAGCUUCUAUCUUAAAAGUCUCUAAUAUUCCUACCAUUUCUCUCUCAAGCGUCUUAUUUAUUAUAUAUUUCUUCUGUCUGCUUUCUCUCUAUUAACUCAUAUAUUUUAUAACACCACUUAAAUUGAAUGCAAAUAUUUAAAGCAUCCUCAGUCGUCAGUACAUUAAUAUAUAUCAUUUGUCCAAGCAGUAACAAAAUUAACAACUUGACAAACAUGUUCAAAAUUCUAUAUAAAUUUGCUAUGUAUAGAACAUCUUAAAGCUCAUCAACCUAACUGUCAAAGAAAGAAAAAAAAACAAUGGGCUCUGAAGCACUUUUCAACCAGCUUCCUGUCAUAGAUCUCUCAGAUGAGCUAAAGCCGGGCACUCCUGAGUGGGACUCCGUGAGACCCCGGGUUCAGCAAGCACUCCAAGAAUAUGGUUGCUUCGAGGCUUUCUUCAACCAAGUUCCUUAUGAGCUUCGAAAAUCGAUGUUUGGUGCAACAAAAGAGAUCUUUGAACUUCCUUUGCAAACAAAAUCUGGAAUCUCUGUUGAGACGCCCUACAGUAGCUACAUGACUGGGGAGUCACCAGCAGAGCCCUGGGAGGGCAUGGGUAUCGAAGAUGUUCUCAUCCCCGAAAAACUCAGAAGCUUCACUAAUCUCUUGUGGCCAGAAGGAAACCCUAGCUUUGGCAAAACAGUACGGUCCUUCGCAGAGCAGCUAUCUGAAAUGGAUAAAAUGAUAAGAAGGAUGGUUUUGGAGAGCUUAGGUGUUGAGAAAUACUGUGGUGAACACAUUGAUACGACCCGAUACACUCUUCUACCAUUAAAGUAUGAAGGACCCAAAACUAUGGAGAGCAAGCUUACGCUGUUUUCCCACAGUGACAAGAACCUUUUUACAAUAUUGUAUCAGCUUAAUGAGAUAGACGGGUUAGAGGUGCAACGCAAGGACGGGAAGUGGAUCAAUGUGAAAUCCUCACCGGACUCUUUCAUCGUCAUGGCCGGAGAUUCUUUCCACGCAUGGACAAAUGGGCGUGUGCAUGCUCCGAUUCAUCGGAUUAUGAUGACCGGAAAUAAAACGAGGUAUUCAGUGGGACUAUUUGCGAGCCCAAAAGAAGGGGGCAUUGUAAAAGCUCCAAACGAGUUAGUGGAUGAAGAACACCCAUUACUCUUCAAACCAUACAAAUACUUGGAAUAUCUCAAAUUCUUCAAAACAGAGAAGGGACAGAAAGCUCAUGAAUCCGGCAUUAAGGUUUUCUCUGGUGUUUGAGAUGGACCUGAAUCCUCUCCGGUGACAAUUUUCUGUUGUUCUUUAGGGUUGGAGAAUAUAUUUCACCACUAUCAAUAAUAAACAAAUACCUGUAUAGUAAUGAAAUUCGCCAUUAAUAAAGGGAAAAUAUCACCAAUCGCAAGAACAACAGAAAUCGUUACAGAGAAGUUUCUAAUUCAUUUGGGAUUGACCUAUGGAUGAUAAACAACUAUAUAUUCUUAGUCGUAAUUUGUUUGUUUUAUUCUGUUUGGUUGAUCGAGUGCUGGUUGGCUAUAAUAUUAUGGCUUGUUAGGAUCCAAUAUAAUUACCAUGUCUAUCUCCAGGAUGCAUGUCUGCUUGGGACAAAUACUAUACUUUAGCAAUAACAAAACCCAAACUCGUACAACAUGUUCCUAUCCUAAUGUUGUUUUUACUUGCUUCAAUGAAAUUAGAAUAUAUUACAAUGAAUAUUGAGUGUAAGGAACAGUACUAGCUACAGUUUUCACAUGAAUGCACUGCAUGAUAUAUGGUGGUUGCUGUUGUU